GCGUUAACGUUCAUGGAUCCUUCUUCGCUUGCAGAAUGACGGCAAGCGUCGAAUGGAACUUCCUCUGAAGUCAUUUCGAGAAGCGCCGGAAGAGCCUGAAGGUCGCCUACAUCCUGGGGUCAUUUUCUGACGCUCCUCGCCUGUGACUUCCAACAAACGCGUAGUGGAUCGAGUUAGAGAGCGUCAUACAAACUAUCCUACAGGCCGUUAUGGGGGGCACAAGUCCCAUUGGUCGAUCCCGUGGUGAUGCUGUUCAUCUGCACACCGGCACUGGCGGAAUCGUCCCUUUGCAGAAUGUUACAGUCCUUAUUUUUGCCAUCAUCUUUUCUCUCCUUUUUAUUAUCGCUGUGUCGUUUUCAUUUCUCGGCGAAGAUGAAGACGAACCCCCUUUCAAAAGCAUGCUGAACGACAUCGCGAAGAAUGAUCCAGGCGUCGUCCUGUUGGGUGAAAACGUCGACGUUGAUGUUGACGAGCCUUCUGUCACCGUCUCGUGGUCUUUCGUUGCAUGUGGAGGUGGUCUUGAGCUUAACGGCAGCUCUGGUGUCCACGAGAGCCAAUGUGGGCUGCCCGCGAUGUCCCUGUGGAUUUAUGCCGAUAACGCUCCUGAACCUGCAGCUAUAUAUGAACCAGCCUUGAUUCCAUUCGUUCUGAAAACGGGUAAGCGGCGCAGAAUCGAGAACCUCGUUCGAUUUGACAGCGAUCAUACGCUUGAUGUCCACAAGGCCCGCCUUUACCCAUUUGAUUCGUAUCUUCUCUCCAGUACUCUGCGAGCCGUCGAUGCUACAAACACGACAGUUCCUAUUCGGAAACUCUCUACGAUCGAUCGAGUGACAAGCUUUAUUAUCUCAAGCACUGACAUUGAAAGCUACGAGACAACUUUCAAUGGGACUCAAGUUCCCACUCGCGACUUUGAUUUAUGUAUAUCGAGGCCUGGUCAAUUACAGUUCUUUGCUUUGGUGCUCUUUGGCAUCAGCUGGAUGCUGUCUCAUGUCACUAUUGGACAUGUUCUAUUGGCACGCAGACUCGUUGAUAUCAGGUCCAUGACCAAGCAUCUGGUUUCUGCCUUUGCUAUCCUUCUCGUCAUCCCACAGCUGAGGAAUUCAAUGCCAGAUUCUCCAGCUCUCGACGACGGUGCUCUCAUUGACUACAUUGGUUUCUUCCCGCAGAUGAUCAUUUCAGCUUCGUCUGUCAUUAUUAUAUUACUCCUUAUAAUGCUCCGCGAGUACGACGAUAUGGAAGGCAAACACACUCCCAAUAAAUCUAUGGUGCGACCAUUGCCGCUUCCGGCCCCGCCCCCGCCGCGCACUGCCAAGGUGUCUUCCAAACCCCCUCCACCUCCUGUUCCACCGCGGAAAUCACCACUGAGACCCCUUCUCCUCGGAGCCAAAGUGCGCACGCGGUCGGUUGCCAUGGAACGUGGGGAGGCAACCUCCUUGAAGGACGAGCUCAAUGCAAGUUUUGUUUUUCCUCCAACACCACAUGCAAAUGGUACCAUACACCAUCGCUCUCGUUCUUCGCGGAGCCGCUUAAGCCCCAUAGGGCUAGGAGAACCGCCCGGAAGUGGAUCCAAGUUGUCUAGGUCAAAUACGCUGAAGCCCGUUAAGGAGUGACGACUAAGACCUAUCCCUUGUCUUCGACUGGACAUCCCGGUGGUGGACUUUAGGCAAGUGGGAUAUGUAACCAUAUGUAGUACAUUUGUAGGAAGUAUGGACGUUACACAGUCGCAGCCUUCUACUUGGACAAUUUCGUUAAUAGAUUGCGAUAAUUUUAUCAUGGGCGUCACCGGGGCCCCAAUGCUGUGGAUCAUUAUGGAAUCGAAUGUAUGUGCUUCAGGCAUGUACGAGAGUCCAAAUAAUGAUGACUUCACAGUAGGAAUUCUACUACGUAUGCUAUACGAGGGGGCUAGUCGGGCCAUACAGAAGAAAGACAGUAUUAGUGGUUCCUUCUUGAGUAUGCCAUUGGGCCGUGAU